CUCUCUUCCCUAUCUCUGGACCCGCCUCCUGGCCUCUUUUCCCGCCCCUUUCAGCUCCGAACCGGCUUACGUCACAAUGGUGCGAUAUUCGGAUUGGCUGGAGUCAGCCAUCACGCUCCAGCUACGCCACUUCCUUUUCGUGGCACUAUAAAGGGUGCUGCACGGCGCCUGCAUUUCUUCGCCCCUAGGAGCUGGAAAUGCAAUUGUUGGGAUCUUCGGAUGCUGCGGAGCUGGAGGCGGAGGCGGCUGGGGCGGUCCGAGCGAUGUGACCAGGCCGCCAUCGCUGGUCUCUACCUCUCUCCUGCCGCCUCCUGUCUCGAAAAUAACUUUUUUAGUUUAAAGAAAGAAAGAAAAAAGUAGCCGUCCGCCCCUCACGCCCUCCCUUCCUCUCAGCCUUCCGCCCGGUGAGGAAGCCCGGGGUGGCCGCUCUGCCGUCGGGGCCGCGCCGCCGAGCCCCGGCCGCCCCGGGCCGCCCCCGCACGCCGCCCCCAUGCAUCCCUUCUACACCCGGGCCGCCACCAUGAUAGGCGAGAUCGCCGCUGCCGUGUCCUUCAUCUCCAAGUUCCUCCGCACCAAGGGGCUCACGAGCGAGCGACAGCUGCAGACCUUCAGCCAGAGCCUGCAGGAGCUGCUGGCAGAACAUUAUAAACAUCACUGGUUCCCAGAAAAGCCAUGCAAGGGAUCGGGUUACCGUUGUAUUCGCAUCAACCAUAAAAUGGAUCCUCUGAUUGGACAGGCAGCACAGCGGAUUGGACUGAGCAGUCAGGAGCUGUUCAGGCUUCUCCCAAGUGAACUCACACUCUGGGUUGACCCCUAUGAAGUGUCUUACAGAAUUGGAGAGGAUGGCUCCAUCUGUGUGCUGUACGAAGCCUCACCAGCAGGAGGUAGCACUCAGAACAGCACCAACGUGCAAAUGGUAGACAGCCGAAUCAGCUGUAAGGAGGAACUUCUCUUGGGCAGAACGAGCCCUUCCAAAAACUACAAUAUGAUGACUGUAUCAGGUUAAGAUAUAGUCUGUGGAUGGAUCAUCUUAUAAUGAUGGAUAAAUUUGAUUUUUGCUUUGGGUGGGCUCCUCUUGGGGAUGGAUUAUGGAAUUUAAACCAUGUCACAGCUGUGAAGAUCUGGCACAAGAUAGAAUGGUAAAAAAAAAAAAAAUUUUUAAGUGACAGUGCCAUAGUUCGGACAGUACCUUUCAAUAAUUAAUCUUAAUAGCCUGUGAGUCCAAGUGAAUGAUCACUUUAUUUGCUGGGGAGGGAAGUCCUAGGGUGGUUUCAGUUUCUCCCAGACACACCUAAAUUUUGACAUCAGUCUCUUUAAAGAAAAUCUGUAUUUCAAAGAAUCUUUCUCUGCAGUAAAUCUCGCAGAGGAAUUUGCACUAUUACACUUGAGAGUUGUUCAUUGUUAACCUUUUCGGCAGCUCCAUAGGAAAGCUAACGUUGUUUUAAACAUGGUAGUACUGGAAAUUUUACGACAAGACUUUUACCUAGCACUUAAAUAUGUAUAAAUGUACAUAAAGACAAACUAGUAAGCAUGACCUGGGGAAAUGGUCAGACCUUGUAUUGUGUUUUUGGCCUUGGAAGUAGCAAGUGACCAGAAUCUGCUAUGGCAACAGGCUUUAAAAAAAAGACCCUUAAAAAGACACUGUCUCAACUGUGGUGUUAGCACCAGCCAGCUCUCUGUACAUUUGCUAGCUUGUAGUUUUCUAAGACUGAGUAAACUUCUUAUUUUUAGAAAGUGGAGGUCUGGUUUGUAACUUUCCUUGUACUUAAUUGGGUAAAAGUCUUUUCCACAAACCACCAUCUAUUUUGUGAACUUUGUUAGUCAUCUUUUAUUUGGUAAAUUAUGAACUGGUGUAAAUUUGUACAGUUCAUGUAUAUUGAUUGUGGCAAAGUUGUACAGAUUUCUAUAUUUUGGAUGAGAAAUUUUUCUUCUCUCUAUAAUAAAUUGUUUCUUAUCUUGGCAUUUUAA